UGACAAUCAUGUCACUAUUUGAUUGGAUGCACGUAACCAUCUGCCACUUAUUCAAGAGAUUAUAGACCUAACCAAAAAUGAUGUAUUAACUAGGCUCCAAAUCCAAGCACUCACGCACACACAUGGAACAAAAAACAGCUACCUCCAACAACGUCUUAAUUGACCCAAGCAACGGUUUCAACCGCGCUACCAGAACAUUCCACAGCCUAAAACCCCCUCUCCGCCUCCCUCCUUCACAUGCCACCGUCUCCGCACCAUCAUACGUUCUCUCUCUCCGUCGCAACUCACCUUGGUCCGACUCCGUCACCGCUCUCAUCGACUCUGCCACCGGCCGCCACCUCUCCUACGCCGAUUUCAUCCGCCGUUCGGAAACCCUAGCUGCCAACCUUACAUCCCUCUUCACACUCUCCAAAAACGACACCGCUUUGGUCCUCUCUCCAAACCUCCUCCACGUUCCUAUCCUCCACUUCGCGCUCCUCUCCCUCGGCGUCGUUGUUUCGCCGGCAAAUCCACUUGCCACGCGCUCCGAUCUCACGCGCUUCAUCCGCCUUAGCAAACCUACCAUCGCAUUCGCCACGUCAUCAGCGGCUAACAACCUUCCCAAUGAGUUCCGUCACGGAACCGUCCUCAUCGACUCGCCCGAGUUCGAAUCGCUCAUGACAGCGAGUCGACCCGGCGCCAAACUCGAACAAGUGGAGGUGAGUCAGUCUGACGUGGCAGCUAUUCUUUACUCUUCAGGAACCACAGGGAAUGUGAAGGGAGUGAUGCUGACUCACCGGAACCUGAUUGCAAUGGCAGGGGUAUACGACGUCGUUCGGCCGCAGAGGGAGAAGCCCGCGGUGUUCCUAUAUACGGUGCCGUUUUUCCACGUGUUCGGGUUUACGCUCUCGCUGAGGGCGGUGGUGCUGUUGGAAACGGUGGUGUUAAUGGAGAGAUUCGGAUUGAGGAGGAUGAUGGAGGCGAUAGAGAGGUUUCGAGUUACGCACAUGGCGGCGGUGCCGUCAAUAAUGGUAGCGAUGAUGAAAGACGACCUGACGGCGGCUUAUGAUUUAAGGUCGUUGGAAUGCGUCUCUUGCGGCGGGGCUCCUCUCGGAAAGGAUACCGCCGCGGCGUUCAAAACAAAGUUUCCCAAAGUGUUAAUCUUGCAGGGAUACGGUCUAACGGAGUCAACGGCAGGGGUUGCCCGAACAACGAAUCCGGAGGAGGCAAGCCGAUCAAGGACAACAGGUAAGCUGGUGUCAGGUGUUGAGGCUAAAAUUGUAAAUCCAGACACAGGGGAGCCCAUGUUUCCUGGUGAUCAAGGGGAACUUUGGCUCAGAGGACCUUCAAUUAUGAAAGGUUAUGUUGGUGACCCAGAAGCAACUUUAGCAAGCUUGGUGGAUGGGUGGUUAAGGACUGGGGACCUCUGCUAUUUCGAUGAAGAGGGUUUCCUCUAUGUCGUUGACAGGUUGAAAGAGUUGAUCAAAUAUAAAGGCUACCAGGUGGCCCCUGCAGAAUUAGAACAAGUGCUCCAUUCGCACCCUGAGAUAAGCGAUGCGGCAGUUAUUCCAUAUCCUGAUGAAGAAGCUGGUCAAGUCCCCAUGGCCUUUGUGGUAAGAAAGCCCCAAAGUUCCCUUGGUGAAGCAGAAAUAAUUGAAUUUGUUGCUAAGCAGGUUGCACCAUACAAGAAAAUAAGACGUGUAACAUUUGUUGACUCCAUACCAAAGAAUGCAGUGGGGAAAAUUCUAAGGAAAGAUUUAAAUAAAAUUGCUCUUGAAAGAUAUAUCUCUAGGCUAUAAAUAUACUUCAGUUCGUUUUAUUUUAUUUCUUUGGGUGGGGUUGUAAUUCUAGGAUUUUUAGUUUGUUACUACUUAAAUGUCAUAUUUUGCAAGAAUAAUAGUAUAAUUAUUAAGCUCAAUAAAUGGU